AUGGCUGCCAAGCUCUCCGCCGACCUCCUCCUCCAGCUGGCCAAGAACCGCCGCACCUACUACGCCCUCUCCAAGGACCUCCCCGUGACUGCCCAGCGCAUCCAGGAGAUUGUCAAGGAGACCACCCUCCAGACCCCCUCCGCCUUCAACUCCCAGACCAACCGCCUCGUCGUCCUCUUCGGCGCCGAGCACGACAAGCUCUGGGACAUCACCUCUGACUCCCUCAAGGCCAUCGUCCCCCCUGAAGCCUGGGAGACCACCGCCAACCGCAUCGCCGGCUUCAAGGGCGCCGCCGGAACCGUCCUCUUCUUCACCGACCUCACCGUCCAGGAGAGCUUCCAGGCCAAGUUCGCCAUCUACGCCGACCGCUUCCCCCCCUGGGCCCAGCAGACCAACGCCAUCCAGCAGUACCUCCUCUGGACUGCCCUCGAGGCCGAGGGUCUGGGCGCCAACCUCCAGCACUACAACCCCCUGAUCGACGAGAAGGUCACCGAGGCCUGGAAGCUGCCCGCCACCUGGCAGCUCAACGCCCAGCUCGUCUUCGGCGCCAAGGCCGGCGAGGCUGGUGAGAAGGAGUAUGCUCCUGUCGAGGAGCGUGUCAAGGUCUUUGGUGCCUGA